GCGCGGGCGGUCCUGGCUGGGGCUGAAAACACGCUUGUCCCAAAGGAGUGCGGUGUCUGAGACGCUGGCGUACAGUAAAGGCGAAGAAUUGACAGAAGAUAAACGCGCUCAAAGCGGUCUAUCUUUGCACUUCUCCCCCAUGGGCCAGCAGGCAGUGUAAAUGCGCCUUUUACCCCAGCCCUGAGCAAUACGAAUCCGGAGUUGUCCCAGCUACACUGCUUGGGUGCAGCUCUAUUCACAAGUUGAUGUCCUCCUGCCACCGGGUGGGGACUGCCCUGCUCCUAUGGCCACCUGGCCAGCCUUCGGUCUCCUCUGCCUGCACGGGGUAUUCAGCUCCUCGCACUGAACCCGCAGCCUUGUCCUUGGGCUGUUUGUUUGCUUUUAUAAGUUGGAUUGGGUCCACUUGAUCCCUGUGGUCAGCUAUGGAUGACUCUGGAAGUUUUGCAGCAUCACGUUCUAGACGUGAGAGGAAGAAUAGAAGAGGCCAGCAAGAAGCACUUGAACGUCUGAAAAAAGCCAAAGCUGGGGAAAAAUUAAAAUAUGAGGUUGAGGAGUUCACAGGUGUUUAUGAUGAAAUAGAUGAGGAUGAGUACUCCAAGAUGGUCAGAGACCGUCAGGAUGAUGACUGGAUUGUUGAUGAUGAUGGGAUAGGUUAUGUAGAAGAUGGAAGGGAAAUCUUUGAUGAAGAUCUGGAUGAUGAUGCUCUUAGUUCCAAUAAGAAAGGAAAAGGUGGCAAAACAUCUACAACUGGUAAAAAGAAUGUGAAAAAAUCUGUGGUGUCAAAGCCAAACACAAUUAAGUCUAUGUUUAUAGCUAGUGCUGGGAAGAAAAACACAGAUAAAACUGUGGACCUGUCCAAGGAUGAUUUACUUGGGGAUAUUCUUCAAGAUAUUAGUGCUGAAACAGUUCAGCUAAGUCCACCACCAAUUAUAAUGCUGAAAAGGAAAAGAUCUGCUGGAGUACCACUCAAUCCUUUCUCUGUGCAGUCCCAAACUUCUAAGGUAGUCACCCCUAUAUCAAAGAAAGCUCCUGCUCAUGUCAGAAAGGAAGCUCUUCCUCCAGCUUCAUUUCAUCCUAAACAUCCCAAUUAUACAGCAAAAUCUGUCAGAGUCUCUGAAAAUGAGGACACGAAGCAUGUGCAAAAACCUGUGGAAAAUGAGGGAAUAGUGAAGGCAGUAGGAGAGAAAGCUACUAAAGUUCUACCUGCAGCACUUCCAGAUGAUGAUCAGGGAAUGAUGGAUUUUGAUGAGGAGGACUUUGAUGAACCUAUGGAAGCAGAAGCAGAGCAUGUGGAAACUAUACCUGAGACAGCUGAAAGCUUGAAAAGAGACGACGAAAUUGAAAAGAAAGAGACAGAGCAGCUGGAAUCAGAGAAAAAAGAGACAUCUGUCUUGAAUUGUUCUCUCCCAGGUCUCUCGUGUUGGGACAGAAUUGAUGAGGAUGAAGCUGAUCUAGUAGCAGCAGAAGUUCAGCUGGACCCCAAUCUCCUUCCACUUGUGAAUGGGGAAAGUGAUGAUCAAGUCUUAAGAUUUUAUUGGCUGGAUGCUUAUGAAGAUCAGUUCAGUCAGCCAGGUGUGGUAUUUUUGUUUGGCAAAGUUUGGAUUGAAUCUGCAACCACCUAUGUCAGCUGUUGUGUGACAGUGAAAAAUAUUGAGAGAACUGUUUAUCUGCUGCCACGUGAAACAGAAAUCGACCUAUCUACUGGCAAAGAGAUGGAGACUCCAGUAACUAUAAUGAGUGUUUUCAAGGAAUUUAAUGACAGCAUUUCACCAAAGUACAAGAUCAUGAAGUUCAAAUCCAAGAAAGUGGAAAAAUACUACGCUUUUGAGAUUCCUGAUGUACCAGCGAAAUCUGAAUACCUAGAAGUUAAAUAUUCGGCUGAAUGCCCUCGGCUUCCCCAAGAUCUGAAGGGACAAACAUUUUCACAUGUGUUUGGAACCAACACCUCUAGCCUGGAACUUCUCUUGAUGAGUCAGAAGAUCAAAGGACCCUGCUGGCUGGAAAUAAAAAAUCCACAGCCUUCAAAUCAGCCAGUCAGCUGGUGUAAAGUGGAGGCUGUGGCCAUGAAGCCUGGCUUGGUGAAUGUGGUUAAAGAUCUUUCUCCUCCUCCUCCUCUGGUGGUCAUGUCCUUCAGCAUGAAGACCAUUCAGAACCCAAAGACUCACCAGAAUGAGGUUGUGGCUGUUGCAGCUCUUGUUCAUCAGACAUUUCCUUUGGAUAAGGCUCCACCUCAACCUCCUUUUCAAACACACUUCUGUGCUGUUUCCAAACCGAGCGAUUGCAUUUUUCCUUAUGACUUCAAAGAAGCCGUUAAAAAGAAGAAUGCUAAAAUAGAAAUUGCUGCAACAGAGAGAACACUGCUGGGAUUUUUCCUUGCGAAGAUUCACAAAAUUGACCCAGACGUUGUUGUGGGUCAUAAUAUUUAUGGAUUUGAUCUGGAAGUGCUGCUUCAAAGAAUUAAUUUGUGCAAAGUCCCUCACUGGUCCAAGAUAGGUCGACUGAGGAGGUCUAAUAUGCCAAAGCUUGGGGGUCGAGGAGGGUUUGCUGAAAGGAAUGCUGCCUGCGGUCGGAUGAUCUGUGAUGUAGAAAUUUCUGCUAAAGAACUAAUUCGUUGCAAAAGUUACCAUUUGUCUGAACUGGUCCAUCAGAUUUUGAAAACAGAGAGGGUAACAAUUCUACCAGAGGAAAUUCGAAAUCUGUACAGUGAUUCUCCUCGCUUACUGUUCAUGCUGGAAAACACCUGGACAGAUGCCAAGUUCAUUCUGCAGAUCAUGUGUGAGCUGAAUGUCCUGCCAUUGGCUCUUCAGAUAACAAACAUCUCUGGGAAUGUCAUGUCAAGGACAAUGAUGGGCGGACGAUCUGAACGUAAUGAGUUCCUGCUGCUUCAUGCCUUUCAUGAGAAGGACUACAUAGUGCCAGACAAACAAGUUUUCAGAAAGCCUCCACAGAAGUUGGUGGAUGAAGAUGAAGAUUUUGAAGAUCAGAAUAAAUCAAAGAUAGGGAAAAAGAAAGCAGCAUAUGCUGGGGGCUUAGUCUUGGAUCCCAAAGUCGGUUUUUAUGACAAGUUUAUUUUGCUUCUCGACUUCAACAGCUUGUACCCAUCGAUUAUUCAGGAGUUCAACAUCUGCUUUACCACAGUGCAGCGACUGUCAUCAGAAGCACAGAAAAGGGCAGAGGUCGAAGAAGAGGAAGAAAUUCCAGAGCUUCCAGACCCAUCUCUGGAAAUGGGAAUUUUGCCUAAAGAAAUCAGGAAACUGGUGGAGAGAAGACGCCAAGUUAAGCAGUUAAUGAAGCAGCCAGAUUUAAAUCCUGACCUCUAUUUACAGUAUGAUAUCAGACAGAAAGCUUUGAAACUCACUGCUAACAGCAUGUAUGGCUGCUUGGGAUUUUCCUACAGCAGAUUCUACGCCAAGCCUUUGGCUGCUUUGGUGACACAUAAGGGGAGAGAGAUUUUGAUGCAUACCAAGGAGAUGGUGCAGAAGAUGAACCUAGAAGUGAUUUAUGGAGACACAGAUUCCAUUAUGAUAAACACUAAUAGCACCAAUUUGGAUGAGGUCUUCAAGCUGGGGAAUAAGAUCAAAAGUGAAGUGAACAAGCUGUACAAAUUGUUGGAAAUCGAUAUUGAUGGAAUUUUUAAGUCCUUGCUGUUGUUAAAGAAGAAGAAAUACGCUGCUCUGACUGUGGAACCAACAGGAGAUGGGAAAUACGUAACUAAACAAGAACUGAAAGGAUUGGAUAUAGUCCGGAGAGACUGGUGUGAUCUUGCAAAACAGACUGGAAACUAUGUAAUUGGUCAGAUUCUUUCUGAUCAGCCCCGAGAUAUAAUAGUGGAAAAUAUUCAAAGGCGGCUUAUAGAAAUUGGAGAAAAUGUGGUCAGUGGUCAGAUCCCAGCUAAUCAGUUUGAAAUAAACAAGGCAUUGACCAAAGAUCCCCAGGAUUAUCCUGACAAAAAAACCUUGCCACAUGUGCAUGUUGCCAUGUGGAUAAACUCUCAUGGAGGCCGAAAGGUGAAGGCAGGAGACACAGUGUCAUAUAUCAUUUGUCAGGAUGGAUCAGAUCUCAGUGCCAACCAGAGAGCAUAUGCUCCGGAACAGUUAAAAAAGCAAGAAAAUCUUAAAAUUGAUACUCAGUACUACCUGUCACAGCAAAUACAUCCAGUAGUUGCUAGAAUAUGUGAGCCCAUAGAGGGAAUUGAUUCUGUUCUUAUUGCAACGUGGUUAGGACUGGAUCCCUCCCAAUUCAGAGUCCAUCACCGUUACCAUAAAGAUGAGGAGAAUGAUGCCUUGGUUGGUGGCCCAGCUCAGCUCACUGAUGAGGAGAAAUAUAAGGAUUGUGAAAGAUUCAAGUUUUGCUGCCUCAAAUGCGGAACAGAAAAUAUUUAUGACAAUGUCUUUGAUGGUUCGGGGCGAUUUAUUGAACCCAGCUUGCAAAGGUGCAGCAAGACAGAAUGUGAAGAGCCUCCUUUCAGCUAUGUGGUUCAAAUGAACAACAAGUUACUACUGGAUAUUAGACGCUACCUCAGAAAAUACUACAGUGGUUGGUUAAUAUGUGAGGAGCCAACUUGCCAGAAUCGAACCCGUCGGCUUCCGCUGAGUUUUUCCCGGAGUGGCCCCGUGUGCCAGGCCUGCAGGAAGGCUGUUCUGAGACCAGAGUAUUCUGAUAAGGCCCUGUAUACUCAGCUCUGCUUCUACCGAUACAUUUUUGAUGUGGACUAUGCGAUGGAUAAAGUGGUUACUGAGGAAGAUAAAGAGUAUUUGAAGAAGAAGCCACUCAGGCCAGAAGUCUCUGAGGCCUACAAAAGACUGAAGAGCACCGUAGACAAAUGCCUGUCCAUGAGUAGCUACUCAGAAGUGAACCUUGGCAAACUCUUCACCAUCAGUAUAGGAAGAUCUGUGGGAGAGUCCAAUAAUGAAAGACAGUGAUUGAUUAAAAAUGGAGGGAGCCUAGUCCCUUCUUUAUCAGUAAUGAUCUCUUCAGCAAUACUCUAUUUCAGUAUGUACAAUGAUGUUUUAAUAAUCUUGUCUCUUUGGAGGAGGAAAAAUGGGAGAUAAAACAGGAUGUAUGAUUCUCAUGGACAUGAAGUAUUCAAGGUGUUUUUAUCCUCCUUUCUUUUCUUCAUUGAGAAACCAGGGUUAUUAAAAUACGGAGUAGUUGAUUUUUGCAAUAUAUUUUGUUGUGUGUUUAGACCUAUGAGGGAAAAAGGGGUGGGGGAAUUGCUGCUUUAAUUGGAUAAUUCCCAGUGAGAGUUGCUGGAAUGUAAGUGAUCCUAGACUUUGCUCCAGGGUAUUUACUAGAGGUGCUCUCAGGAAGCGAGGUUAGUAGAGGUCUCAGUAGGAGCACUAAUGUUUUGCCUUUUCACAGUUUAUCUUCUUCCUGAUCAUAAACAUACCAAUUAAAAACAAUACUAAACCUAAAUGCAUUUAAAUGUCCUAUUACCUUCUGAACAGAGGUAGGGAUGCUUUACUUUGAAAUUCAUUAGAGACUGAAACCUGGAGGUGCUAAAAAUAGGGACUGUCUUUUUAUUAGGAGUCUUUCCAAGCAUCUUUAAGCAUAGUAUUUUGCCACGUUGAAAAUUUCUGUGUGGAUGUAAAGACAAUGCACAUGAACAAAACCCUUUUCACACAGAGGAUACAAAUCUGUUUCAUUUCUUUCCAUGAAAAUUAUUUGAAAGUAAGCAAUUGAUAGGGAGAAAUAUAUUUGGGAUGACAUUGUAACCAAUAACGGGAAUGGAAAGCAGCAAAUCAUAGUUACUGUUCUGUAAUAAUUACUGUGUUGGAGGUUUUAGUUUUUACAAACAAAUUGUAUUUUUCAUUUACUUCUGAUAAAACGACAAGCAGAUAUGAUGAGAGAAGAAAUUUGGGUACAUGCUUUUGUACACAAAAUAUUGUUUUACUCAUGUUCACCGUUAAGUUUGCAAUGUGAUAUAUUAAUGUAUGGUUAUAAAAAUUUGCUUUUAAACAGUAUAAAAUGUAAAGUUUUUUUCACACUUGAAGGAAAAAAAUAAAGUUUUCUAGUAAAAGAGAAUUUGAUUCUAUGAUCUGAUGGUUGAAAAUAGUCCAUGCUAGGUCAUAUUACUGUGGACUUUUCCUGGUCUUACAGAAUUGCUUGUGUGUCUGUUUUUAAGAUGAGCAACCAUUAACAAAGGGAGCUUGAAGAAAAAGUAAGAGCAUCAGCAUGAACAUGUUGGGCACUGUAAGGAAACGUGUCUGUUUGUGUUAAGAGUAUUUUAGGAUACUCAUUUGUCCCUAAAGUGGCAUUUGGAAGAGGCUGUCUGUCAGUAUGGGUAGUGUCUCUUUGAAUAUGCCUGAUACACAGUCAUCUUCCUAGCAACUUUUGGAGCUAAAUCCUUUCAUUUCUACUCACAUGGAAUCACUGCAGUGAGAAAUGGAACCUACUCAGUCUCUGGUAUCAUGCAGGUGUUGUCCCACCCUGGUGAGCUAUCAAUCCUUCCCAAUGUGUUUAGUUGGGUUAAUACUGUAAAACAGACUUUAUUUGGAGUCUCCUCUUGGAAAGAAGAUGUUGCUGCCAAGAUGACAUACUGAAGUUACAGAACUUCAAGAGAUCCUGGUUUCUUGUAAAUUCACACAGGGAUUUUUAGAUUUUUUUGUGUGUGGCCCAAUUAGGAUUAUGAAGAUAUUACUGAUAUUAACUGGGUAGAAUGCCUUAGGAAAGUGAAA